AGCUCUCUGGUCAGGUCUCUCGCCCCAGCGGGUGGGGGGAGUGGGCAGGAGCCUCCCUCCUCCACCCUCGGCUUCGGUCCUGGAUGGCCCGGAGGAUGCAGCCUAUCUGGCCCCUGGGAUAUGAGGGCGGGGCGGAGGCGGGCACCCUCUGGGGGUAGUUUCUCCAGCCCCUGGCCCAGGCCCGGGCACUAGAGGACCAGGCUUGGCCAUGGCGCGGUCGGGGGAUGCUGUGCGGAGGCUGUUAGCCAUUUACACUGGCGGCACCAUCGGCAUGCGGAGCCAGGAGGGCGUGUUGGUUCCUGGGAGCAACCUGGCCUCUGCUCUGAGGAAGCUACCCAUCUUUAAUGAUGAGGAAUACUCUCGAGAACACCAGCUACCUGCAGACACUCUGGCCCUUCCCCUCACCAACCAAAAUCAACGGAUUAUAUAUACCAUCCUGGAAUAUGACCCACUUUUUGACUCCAGUGACAUGACAAUUAACGAGUGGAUUAAAAUUGCAAAGGACAUUGAGAGGAAUUAUGAGCAGUAUUUUGGCUUUGUAAUCAUUCACGGCACAGACACCAUGGCCUUUGCCUCCUCCAUGCUUUCCUUCAUUCUAGGAAACCUUCAGAAAACCGUCAUCCUCACAGGCGCUCAGGUUCCCAUCCACACUCUUUGGAAUGAUGGCCGGGAGAACCUGCUUGGUGGCCUGCUCAUGGCUGGACAGUAUGUGAUUCCAGAGGUCUGCCUCUUCUUUCAAAACCAGCUAUACCGGGGGAACCGGGUAACAAAGGUGGAUUCUCGGCGGUUUGCAGCCUUCUGCUCACCCAACCUGCCUCCACUUGCCACCGUUGGUGCUGAUAUCACAGUCAACCGUGAACUCAUGUUGAAGGCCAGUAAGAACAAACGACUUGUGCUGAACAGCAACAUGGAGAGAAAUGUUGGCGUCCUGAGGCUCUAUCCUGGGAUUACUGCAGCCAUGGUGAGGGCCUUCCUGCAGCCCCCCACGAAGGGGGUGGUGAUGGAGACUUUUGGCACAGGCAAUGGACCCACCAACCCUGAUCUGCUUUGGGAGCUGAAGAAGGCCACAGAACGGGGAAUGGUCAUCGUCAACUGUACCCACUGCUUACAGGGAGCUGUGACCUCUGACUAUGCAGCUGGCUUGGCUUUAUCAGGUAUUGGCAUCAUCUCUGGGUCUGAUAUGACAUCUGAGGCAGCCCUGGCCAAGCUCUCCUAUGUGUUGGGUCGGGAUGACCUCAGCCUGGAGGACAAGAACAAGCUUCUGACCAAGAACUUGAGGGGGGAGAUGACCCCCCUGCCUGAAGAUGUCCAGGUCUCACUUCGGGACAGCAAGUUUGUCCAGCUUAUUGCUAACCUUCUCUACCUGAACUGCAGUCAGGACCUUGAUGCUGUGAGAGACUCCCUGACUCCUACCUUGGCUUGUGCUGCAGCCCGAAUGGGGGACUUAGAGGCCCUGGAUGCCAUCAUAGAACUGGGUGGAGACCUGAGUGAGAGUGACUUUGAUGGCCGAACUCCCCUGCACAUGGCUGCCCGGGGUGGGCAUGUGGGUGCUGUCCAGUGCCUUCUGAGGAAUGGGGCAAAGGUGAACAGCUGGGACGGUGACAGGAGCAGCCCACUGUUGAUGGCCGUGAAGGGCAGGCACAGAGAUGUCAUCCGGCUCCUCAGGGAUGCAGGUGCUCAUCUGUCUCCUCAGGAACUUCAGGGUGCAGGAACCGAGCUCUGCAGGCUGGCUGCAUGUGGUGACAGGGACGGGCUGAUAGCAUGGCAACAGGCAGGCGUGGACCUCUUCCAGACGGGAUAUGAUGGGCAAACCCCACUGCAAGUUGCAGAAGCUGCUGGGAACCAAGAGUUGGUGAGUCUCUUAAGAGCACACAGGAUGGAGGCCAGGUCUGACAUGCUGUGAUGCUUUCAACACUCAGAGGGGAGAGGAAGAGCAUCUGAGAAACUGCUGGCUUCUGAAACCCUCCAUUGCUGAUGCUGAGCUUACCUUUCCUUCUCCUGGCAUUAGUGGCUGUGGGAAGGAAGGAGGUUGAAUGAGAGAUGGGGGAAGGGGAGAAGCUCCCUGUUGCCCACUUUCCCCUUUCCCUCCUCUACCACUGCGUCCGAAUGUCCAGGAUACCCAAAUCCUUUGGGGUUUUAAGAUCCAUGGUCUGUGAGUGAUUUCAUGUAACCCUUUUCUAGGUUUCUCCUCACUGACCCUUGACAGGUUAUUUAUAGUUCCAAGAUGAGAUUAGAACCUACUGUAUAUUUGUAUCUUCCAUUCCAGUUGACCUUAAUUUUUAUGGGUUUUUUUUCUCUCCAUCAGAGGCAAUAAUGUCCAUGAGAGGGGGCAGCUAGGUGGCUCAGUGGAUAAAGCACCGGCCCUGGAUUCAGGGGGACCUGAGUUUAAAUCUGGCCUCAGACUCUUGACACUGACUAGCUGUGUGACCCUGGGCAAGUCACUUAAUCCUCAUUGCCCUGUGCAGCUCUCUCCCCCCCCCCACACUUCUCCCCCCCCCAAAUAAUAAUAAUGUCCAUGAGAGGACAAAGACUCAUGCCUGUUAGGAGUUGACCUUUUUUUUUUUUUUUAGUUUAUUUGAAAGAAAAAAAAAGAUUCAGUAUGGAUGUUAUUCCUUAUAGUAAUACCUGUUGCAGAGCUGGCUGUUUGUCCAUUUUGCUUAAUGUAUGACUGUACUUUGGCAUGUCCAAAGAUUUUCAACAUAUAAAACCUUUCUGAAGGCUCAGUUUGCAAGAACAUUUGUAUCACCCUUAAGGUCUAGGUUUUUUGUUUUUUAAGUGGGAUAUUUGCUAAUGGCAAGUAACUUAGUUGUUAUCAUAUCUGUCAUGGAAAAAAAGCACCCAUUCAGUGUUGUAUUUUGUACCUUGAAAGUCAAUCUAUUUGGAUAGAACCAGAUUAUUGGAGAUAAAGUAUAGUAAAAUUGAAAUCACAAGGACUGAUUUUGGGUUCCACCUUUUACCAUUUAUUUGCUAUGUGACCUUGGGCAACUUCCCUUCCUUGUCCUUCUCUGGGUCUCAGUUUACCCAUUCCAAAAAUAAAAUGAUUGGGUGAAAUGGUCUCCAAGAUCCCCCCGCCUUUUUUUUUUUUUUUACCAUUGCUUGAGAAGCUUCAAUAAUUCCCUUUCUUCUCUGAGACUCAGUUUCCUCAUUCUAUAAAUGAAGAGAUUGAACUCAAUGCACCCUAAAGUCCC